AUGGGGAUCCAGCAGGAGCAGGUGGCCGUGGGGGUGAAUAAGCGUCGUCGUCCAUCGCGCGAGCAUGAUGAGGACCAUCACCAAGGCGCCAACGAUAAUCAUCAUCAGAAGAAGGUCCACCGGACAACGAUGCUCCUCAUGGAGUACAUCGCCGAGGACGUCGCCAGGUCCAACGAGGACAUGGCCUGUAGCGACAAGCUCCUCGACGACUUCGAGGCCAGGAUCGGCUCCUUCGACCAUGGUACUGAUCAUUAG